AGCUUUAUAAGAGCACAUGACUGAAUGCGUAUUUCGAGCCUCUUGCAUAUCCUUGCAAAUUCCCGGCAAGAAAAACUCACUUUUUACCCUUUGCUGCGUUCUCGCGUGCUCAAAAGCGCCUCGUUUCGCUUCUUUCCAACGUAGAACGUGGCGAACAAGCUCGGCUUUUCCAUCGGCUUACUUCUUUCGUACUCGCACUCCGUUUUUCUUUUGGAGCGUUCCUCCCCCCCACCCUCAUGUACGCAUGCAUGCAAGAGCGGCAGCCCGCACGGGCAGGCGCCACCUCUUCUGGCAACCAUCUGCUGCUUGCAGUCGCUUCGCCUCCGACGCCGACAAAGCCAACGAGCCCGGAUUGUGACAACAGGUCCUCGACGACAUUUUUGUUUGAUUUCAUUUUUGGACGACGACGACGAGAGGGAGGCGGCGUGGUGAUUAUGAAAUCUGCGCCAAACGAGCGGAACCACACACACACAAAAAAACGGGAGGGCGUCAUGCAAGCUUUGCUGGCUUUUAUGAUUUUUGGAUCGUCCUCCUCCCCUUGGCAACUGUUUUGAAAAAAAUGAAGAUGGCACACGAGCUGGACCAAAUGCGCCCUGACCAAGAUUUCUUUUUAAUCCCGUGAAAUAAAGUUGUGGAACCUCCGAAUACAAAAGCGAAUUCGUCAUGUAUCCGGAUUACACUCCCCUCCUUCUUUUUUAAUGAUACAAUAACGCUUUGCAUAACUUUUUUUCCCCCCUCCGCGAUGUGGCUUGAGGGCAGCGCGCAUGCGCAACCCCUCCAAUCGCUCCUCGCCAUUUUUCUUCUGGUUGGAAAAGUGUCACCGGUGACGUCAAUCAGCCGCCUCUGACCAAUUAGAGCGCGGCGCGAUUGUUGGGCUCGGCGGGCUGCGAGCGCCCACCGCGAGCCGCUAUUCUCCAUCAAAUGCGUCCUGCUGCCCAGCGAAUGUAGCCCCGCCGCUAGGCGCAACUUUAGAAAGUUUUUUUUUCUGAGUUGCGAUUAAAACCUAUUUAUCAUCAUUAUUGUUUUGCCCGCUGUCAAGUGCAAAAAUAAAGACCCCCCCCCCAAAAAAAAAAAUCCCAAAAAAUAAAAAGGGCAGUAAUGAGCGCCGAUGCGCUGGGAAGCCCCGCGAUGGACCCUGCCUUCUCCAAACGGAACGCGGUGCUGAGAUUAGUUGGCUUGGCGGGGGCUCAGCACCAUCAUCAUCGCCAUCAUCAUCAUCAUCCCCGCCACCCCGUCCCCCCGAGCGUGACGGGCUUCCUGGGGCUCGACAGCCAUCCGCGCUCAAUGGCUCACGCGCACCCCGGGGAGAUGAGUGCGGAACCCCGCCUGGGGCCGAGUCCAUUCGGGCCAGAACACAUGGGGCACUCGGCGGCCCUCAAAAUCAGCCCAGCCCAUCAUUAUCACCGGCAGCAGCAGCCUCGGCACAAUCAUCUCAUGGCAGGCCACAGUCAAGUGGUCUCGAGUCAAACGGGAGCUUUCGGGGCGACGCCGGUGCCCUACUCGGGUAUGACGCACCCGGCCCAAGCUCUUACCGCAGGUAGGGACUUUUUCCGCGCCGCGCCGGCUCCGGCUGACCCGCGGCAUCACCGGCGCGCCGCCGCUGCCGCCGCCGCUUCUCACGCCGGAACGUGUCUCUCGACAACAGGUAGCUACCCGGCGCACUACGGCCACGACGCCGGCAGCCACGCGCUUUUCUCCGGGCUGCACCAAGAGCAGCCUCCGGGCGGCCAACUGCGCUUGGGACUACCGGGGGACGUUUACGUGCGCUCGGAGCACUUAGCGGCGGGCACCCGAGCCGACGCCUUCUACGGAGGGCUCAACCUCAACCUGGGCGCUCACCAUCCGCAUCCGCAUGCGCACCCGCUCCCGCACCAGCAGCAUCCGCCCCGCGGAAGCGGCGCCUUCUUCCGCUACAUGCGGCAGCCCAUCAAGCAAGAGCUGAUUUGCAAGUGGCUGGAACCGGCGGAGAAGCGCUGCGCGCGGACCUACGGCACCAUGCACGAGCUGGUCACGCACGUGACCGUGGAGCACGUCGGCGGCCCCGAGCAGGCCAACCACAUCUGCUUCUGGGAAGCGUGUCCGCGCGAGGGCAAGCCCUUCAAAGCCAAAUACAAGCUGGUCAACCACAUCCGCGUGCACACGGGCGAAAAGCCCUUCCCGUGCCCCUUCCCCGGCUGCGGCAAAGUCUUUGCGCGCUCGGAAAACCUCAAAAUCCACAAAAGGACGCACACAGGUGAGAAGCCGUUCAAGUGCGAGUUCGCCGGCUGCGACCGGCGCUUCGCCAACAGCAGCGACCGCAAGAAGCACUCGCACGUGCACACGUCCGACAAGCCGUACAACUGCAAAGUGCGCGGCUGCGACAAGUCCUACACGCACCCGAGUUCGCUGCGCAAACACAUGAAGGUGCACUGCAAGUCCCCGCCGCCUCCCAGCUCCGGCUACGAGUCGUCCACCCCGUCCCUGGUGUCCCCCUCAUCGGACCCGGGCCGGGAGCCGCCGCCGCCGCCGCCGCCGCCGCCGCCCCCCGGAGGGGGCCCGACCCCCGCCCUCUCGUCACACCCGGCCAACCUGAGCGAGUGGUACGUGUGUCACAGCUCCGGGGCCAGCGGGGCCCACAGUGGGCCCUCCACGCCGGACUCGGCCACUGAGGACGACGGACCCCCGUACAGGGAACGAGACACGAGGGACAAUUUAUAGACUCACCGCCCCCCCCCGACCCUUCUCCAAAAAGGGAGCACAAAAAAACUUGUUUUUAUGGACCGAAUCGUGUUCCAAUCAUCUGUGGACUUUGUGGUGCAUUCAUGUAGUGCAGGGGUGGGCAAACUGUUGUGCUCCUGGCCCACGGUGGAUUGCUUUUGCUAUUUUUUUCCCCCCACUGACACAUGGGACACAUUAUUGGCAGAUGAGGUUUAAAAAAAGGAGGAAAAUUUUCCUCUCUCUCUCUCUCUGUGUAUAUAUAUUUAUAUAUAUAUAUCUCCAUCCACAUAGAGAGAGAGCGAGUAAGUCAUGGUAAAGUACUGUACAAGGUUUUUUUGUACAAGUAUUUCCAAAAAGCCCAUCUUGACUAUUUUGAACACUUUUUAAAGUGGCAACGUGGCCAUUGUCAUUUGGAAAUAGUUGGGGCCGAGUCAAGUCAUUUGUCAUUUUCUACGUCCGAUUUGGUUGAAAAAAAGAUAUAUUUUUUAAAUAUAGGCUCUAUUUUUUUACAACGGCCAUCUUUCGUAUAUUUCUCGAAACAAACACUUUUUGACAUGGCCCGUCUGUCUGUUUACAAAAAAAAAACUUGGUCGUUCACGUAAUUCACUUUUCAGAACUUCAUUUUGAUUUAUUUAACAAUAUUUAAAUGAAUGGGAAUGCGUAUCAUUCUUUAGAUUGCGAAGAUUGAAUUGUAUCGUUUAGGGUAAUUCGUUCAAGAAACGAUUGAAUGGCAAAUGAAUAAACAUUGACGAAUCAUUUACAAAUACGAUGUCCUGAAGCCAUUUUAUUGAUUGACUUUUUUGCUACAACAACAAAAAGUUUGCCAUCCUUUGCCCACCCCGACGUAGACUUUUUUGGGGGCAUGCUUUCUGUGCAAUGCGUUCUUUUUUUGAAUUGUAAAUCUAUUUUUCUUAAUUUAUUUUUCAAUCUGGUUUUGCAUUCAAGAACCAAAGUGCACGUUUGUGAAACUCCUUGAGGCCAAAAUGUACAUUUUGUACAAAUUAUUUUGAAAUGUUGUCAAUGUUCGUUUUUUUUUUGGACGCAGGACGUUUUUUUUGUUGUUGUUGACGCGUCCCGCUUUUUAUGCAGCAGCGCAUCCAACUUUUGGCUUUUGAAAUACCGAGCGUGAAAUUGUAAACGUUGGAACACGUUUUUGUGGCUUUUGUACCAGGGCAGGGUUUUUUUCCUUUUUUUUUGUUCUUCCCCAGCUUCGAGCAGCGCUCACAAGUCGCGUACCGAACUGCCUUGUCUUUUGUGGCUAUUUUCAACAAAUCUUGACGAAUUCAUGUAAAGUU